GGAGCCGCCACCGCAGCCGCGGGAGCCGCCAGCAGAGCCGGGCCGGGCCGGGAUGAUGUGACGGGGCGGUCGCGCCCCCCCCCCCCGCCUCCCCCGCUGCCCCGGGCCCGCGGGCCCCGCGCCCCGGGAGGCUGUCGGGGGGCGGCGGUGGCGGCGGGUCCCCCCCCGCCGCCCCCAUGUCGGAGGGGCCGCCCUACGGCGAGGGGCAGCUGGCGGGGGACGCGGCCGUGGGGCAACUGCCCUUCCCCGUGCGGCUCCGCGGCCCCGACGGGCUCCUGGCCGGGGGGCAGGGCAAGCGGCCCCCCAAGCUGGGGCAGAUCGGGCGCAGCAAGAGAGUGGUGAUUGAAGAUGAUAGGAUUGAUGACGUGCUGCAGAAUCUCACAGAAAAGGCCCCUCCCGAUGUUUAAAGCCUCCCUGGGGACGCUGGGCUGAAGCUGGAGGGGCCUGGGGAAGAGGGGAAGUGGCAGGGGGGGAGGGGGGGGAGGGUCA